GUCAGGCUGGUUCAAGGGACCAACCGGUGCUCAGGCAGACUGGAGGUGAAGACCAACCAGUCGUGGUCCUCAGUGUGUGAAAAAGACUUUGACCUGCAGGAUGCAAAGGUGGCCUGCAGGGAGAUUGGCUGUGGGCCUCCUUCAGUCCUCCAGGGGGCGCUCUAUGGAGAAGCAGAGGCUCCAGUGGGGAGCAGAGAGUUCCUGUGUGAAGGCAGUGAGUCUGCUCUGCUGAACUGCAGCAGCAGGAAGAGUUCAGGUAGAAACAGCUGCUCACCUGGUCAAGCUGUUGGACUCACCUGUUCAGACAACAUCAGGUUGGUGGGAGAGGCCAGCCGAUGUGCUGGGAGACUGGAGAUGAAACAUCAAGAAGAGUGGAGACCAGUGGAUGCUUGGGAUCGUUACUGGAAAAUGAACUCAGCUGCUGUAGUUUGUGCUGAACUGGACUGUGGUUCUGCUGUUUCAGCAAGAAAGUCGGAGGCAACUUCAGAGAGACCAGUUUGGAGGAUCAGUUCUGAAUGUUUCAAGUCAGGAUCUGCAUUAAAGAAAUGUUUACCUGAUGAUAGAAACAGUUAUGAGAGCCUUGAGUUCAUCUGCUCAGUCAGGCUGGUUCAAGGGACCAACCGGUGCUCAGGCAGACUGGAGGUGAAGACCAACCAGUCGUGGUCCUCAGUGUGUGAAAAAGACUUUGACCUGCAGGAUGCAAAGGUGGUCUGCAGGGAGAUUGGCUGUGGGCCUCCUUCAGUCCACCAGGGGGCGCUCUAUGGAGAAGCAGAGGCUCCAGUGGGGAGCAGAGAGUUCCUGUGUGAAGGCAGUGAGUCUGUUCUGCUAAAGUGCAGCAGCAGGAAGAGUUCAGGUAGAAACAGCUGCUCACCUGGUCAAGCUGUUGGACUCACCUGUUCAGAUCAAGACAACUUCAGGUUGGUGGGAGAGGCCAGCCGAUGUGCUGGGAGACUGGAGAUGAAACAUCAAGAAGAGUGGAGACCAGUGGCUGUUUGGGAUCGUUACUGGAACAUGAACUCAGCUGCUGCAGUUUGUGCUGCACUGGACUGUGGUUCUGCUGUUUCAGCAAGAAAUUCAAAGGAAACUUCAGAAAGGCCAGUUUGGUGGAUCUUUUCUGACUGUUUGCAGUCAGGAUCUGCAUUAAAGAACUGUGUACCUUAUGAUGAUAACAAUGAUCAGAGCCAUGAGCUCAUCUGCUCAGGUCUGCUGGUUGAGCCGCACAUCUUCCUCUCUUCCUCCACUGACGGGGUUUCCACAGGCAGAAAGCAGGGGUCUGAGCUCCUCAUUGGAUCAAGUUUCAGCAUCAUGUGCUCCAUCAGACCUCAGUAUGAAGGCGGCUCCUUCCAGCUCAUCUUCAGCACCUCUAACUACACUCAGAACCACACCCUGCCAGCUGUUAAUCACUCCGCCCUCUUCCUGUUCUCUGCUGCUGGCCACGCCCACCAAGGAACCUACCGCUGCGUUUACCACGUCUACGUUUUCUCCUAUAACUUCUCCUCUAUGAGCCAGCCUCUCAACCUCACUGUCUCAGUUUCAGCCUAUCUCACUGCUUUGAUCAUCAGACUGGUUGUCGUCCUGCUGGGUUUGCUGGGAUCAGUCCUGGUCCUCUACUUUAAGGCCAGGAGAAACCAGAAGUCUGGACCAGAAAACAACCAUCAUGAUGAAGGAUCCAGAGCUGAAGGCAGCUUAGAGGAGGAGACUGCAGUCUGAAGGAACCAGGAGAAAAUGAUCUUCAUUUCACAUCCACAGGAAGGAGCAGAGAGAUGUUUCAGACUCCUGGAAAUCUAUCCGUCUAUGUAUCUAUGAUAAAAUGUCUCUGUGCUCCUGCAGCAGGAAGGAAGUUCAACAUUCAGAAAUUUGUAUCUGGACUAAACCUACUUAAGUAAAACUUAUAUAAGAAGGGAACACAAAACAUUCAACAAACAAAAUAUAACAGAAAACCCACUUCAUCAAAAUCUGAUCUUCAUCAACCUUACAAGGAUAGAAUAUGGUAGAAUAUUUAGGGGUCAAAGGUCAGGUAGCCAAUUCCAUUCAGGCCCUGAACUCAGCUUGUGUCCUUGUCUUAGUUGGGUUAUGAAUUGUUAUGUUACAAAUGUAAUAUAGGUCAUCCUGGCUUGUAAUACUUUGUCUCACCUGUAGGUGGUGUACGUCUUCACUGCCUUGAUAACCCAUCCAAUAUAUCCAGUUCCCACAAGUCUGAACCAGAUGUGAUCCAUCUUAGUAGGGAAGUGCAUGUACAAUGCAUAGUGGACCCAAGGCUUUGAGACCAACAAAAAGAAAACAUGAAGACACUCUUAACCAAUGUGUUAGACAGAGAUACAUGAACAAAAUGGCUGCCGUCGAGAUUGGCCCGUAUGAGACGGAGAAGGAAAAUUUAUCAGACGAUGUGGACAAGCUGCCUCCGAUCUUCUACUACGAUAAAGUUAACUAUGUAGUCAACAUGAAGAGUGUAAACGCCGUAAACAAGCUUCACUGCCUGAAAUUCAUGGACGCAUAUAAUUAGUAUUUCAACAGCUUUGUUAAGGAGAUACGAACUCUCUGUGAGUACCAAACAUGUAGCAACAAACAAAAAGAAAACAUGCAGACACUCUUGACCAAUGUUGUGAAAACUGGUGGACUGUAGAGUGGUGAGAUCUUUCCAGGUAUACGCAGAAAAUGGAUCAUAAAGGCCUGAGAGGCAUAAAUAAUCUUGCAUUUUGAUUUACUGUUGAUUAAAAACAUACAUAUUCUUGUAUUUUAAUUACUGAUUGAUUAUAAGAAAUAUAUUUUUGUGUUUUGAUUUAUUAAUGAUUAUAAAAUAAGAAUUUUUGUACUUUGAUUUACUGAUGAUUAUACAAAGAGUUGAUGUAAUAAAGAGCAGAUUAAGAAAUGAAUAACAUGAUGAAUGAAUGGUGAAUAGAAUUAACCUCAGAUGAUUAUUAUCAACGAAAGUUGAUUAUGUUGAUUGAUUUAUGAUAAUCUACAGAAUUGUAACUGAAGUAAUGAUACAUUAUGAAGGGAAGUGACAUGUUUUUCACAGACUGUGUUGUAAGUGGAGCAGAUGUCA